AUGAGACUGUCUCUAGUUGCUCUGCGCAGGUCCGCAUGGAAAGGUCCGUACGUCGUGCCGCUGCCGAUUGCCGACGCUAAGAAGACAGGUACCCCGAUCAGAACAAACGCCAGAUCGUGCACCAUUCUCCCGCAGUUUGUCGGGCUCAAGUUCCAAGUCCACAACGGAAAAGACUACGUUCACAUCAACAUCACAGAAGACAUGGUGGGGUCCAAACUCGGCGAGUUCGCCCACACUCGCAAGCGCUUCAGAUACACUCAGACCAAGAAUAAAUAA